CCAGAUAUUUAUUGAUUUCAAAUUCCAUGAUCUUCCAUUGUGGGAUUCAAACCCAGGGCCCCAGAACAUGCCCUGGAUCUCUAGAUUAAUAGUCUAGCUGUAACAUCAUCAUCAUCAUCACACAUUUCAGCAAUAAACUCCACUUGUCGCUGUUUGCCCAUUUGGCUGAACAGCCUCUACACUGAUAUACCACAAUCCGGGAUCGAUUGCUUUGCUCUGAUUCAUGGGGGAGAAUGUUGUCUGAUACGCAUCCAAACUUGAUGGCAAAAUCCCCGCCCCUCUCCGGCGAUUGGUUCACUGUCCCUGACGGCACCGAAUCAUGAAGCCGAUAGGCUGAGACCCUUGUCAAUCAGAGGCCCCGCCCACCAUCAUCAAGCUAGGUUGUUGCGGUCCGUGGCUCCCCGGUUCCCGUUUAACAACAGCAGGUGUCUGCGGGGCCUGGGUCUCGGUAAGGCCAUGGAGACCAGCCCGAAGGUUCUCGAAGUCUUGCUGGACGAUGCGCCAGAAUGGAGAGAGGCCAAGGGUGUGCUGAAGGCCAAGGCCGUGGGUUGUGGUCAGGCUCUGUGCGGUCUGGAGCCGCCCUCAAACCGAGGGGGCGGCCUGUGCUUCACCGCCCGCUGUCAGGAUUCAGGCCGCUGCUGCCGGAGGAGAGUAGCUGCUCAGGCCGGGAGCUUCACUGAGUUUGUUUGGGAAACAACUGAGAUCUUACAGGCUUCACCUGUUAAGGAACGCCUUCUUGCUCUCAAUAGUCGCAAUGACCUGGGGAUCUACGAGCUGUGUGUCCAGGAUGGCAUCUGUGACAUCACCAAUACCCACAGCUGUAGUGAGGAAGCACUGAAGAAGUUGGUUGAAAGCAAGAACCUGAGUCUGCCUUCAUCUUUUACUGUGAAGAUUCUGUCAUUUAAAAGCAGCACAUCCUGCCUGUUGCUGGAUAAUUGCACACUGCUCCAUCUGACUUGGGUGGACAGCACCUCGGCCGCUGAUGUUUUUGGCUGCUUCAAACUGUGUCUGCCCCCUGGUGCUGCAGAGAGGAUAACAGAUGGUCAGAUUCACCAAGAAAUGCUUUUCUUGUUGGAUAGUGCAGGCUGGAUAUGUAUCCUUUUUACCUAA